UGUUCAUUGUUGUUUUUCAACAAACUACAAAGUAUAGCAAUAUUAUUAGGUACUUAUUAGUUCAUCGAAUUAUGCGAAUUUGUAUUGUGUUCUUGCAUACUUUCACUUGAAACAGUUUAAUUUACCUGCAAUGGCUCCUGUAUGUUCUGUUUCUGGAUGCACUACAGGGAGUAAAUCUAGAAAUAUAUUAAUUACCAGUGAGGAAGAAAUAACCAGGAUACAUAGGUUUCCAAAGGAUCCUAUCAUCCAAAAGUUAUGGGUAUCGGCAUGUAGAAAAAAUAGACCAAUACAUAUUUCAUCUGCAUAUGUAUGUUCAUUACAUUUUUCCAAUGAUAAUUAUUUUAAACCGCUGAUUCAAACAAUGCUGAACUAUUCCCCACAAAAUUGUAGAAAGCUAAAAGCUGAUGCUAUUCCUACAUUAAACUUGCCCGGUGAUGAAUUAAUUCCAUCUAAUCAAGUUAUGGUUAAUAGCUGGGUGUCCAGAACUAGGAGUCCUAGAAAUAGUAUAUUUACUGUCAUAGAGUGUGAUGAAUCCAAAUCUCAAGACUAUUCGUGUAUUAGUUCAGCAGAAAUAAGUGGUACAUGUCUCAGUUCUGGUUCCACGACAUCAGUGCUUAGAAAAAGAUCUGGCCAUUCUUUGAAGCAAAGAUCACCAAAAUUUACUGUGUCAGAUUAUAUAAUGCCAACUAAUAAUGAUUCUACGACUUUUCUUAAAUCAGAGAAUAUGACUCACAGUCCAGUUCCUUGCAGGCGUUCUUUGUUUAAUGCAUCUCCUGAUGACAUUACUAUGCCUGAUGUUGAUUAUAGUGAUGAAAUGGAAAGCCAACUCUGUGUAGAAAAUACUAAUGAAUUAGAUGAAGUAAAAAAAUUGCUGGAAAAGUGUCAAACAGAAAAUAUCAGGUUAUAUACAUUAGUACAUUACAUAUUUAUCACUUACAUCUUAGACUUAACAUUUAAAAUAUUUGUUUUAAAUUUUAGUGUUGCUUGCUUAUGAAAGGUAUUCAUAGUUUAGAUUUAUAUAAAUGUCCAUAUUAUUAUUAUGUUUAUCACUGGUAGUAUGAUGUGCAUAAAAAUGUUUUUAUCUUUACAAAGAAAAAUUUUUUAAGCUAUGAAUACCCAUUAUAUAAAAUUAUUACAUAAUAUUUUAUAUUAACAACUUUAUUUGUGGAUUGGAUACUUCGGCAAAGAUUUUUUUGUUUCAGGUUAAACAGCCAAAAUUGAAGAUUGAUACGUGACUACCGGAUAGCUCUAUCAAUCAAUAUUGAGGAUUUGAAAUCCUAGGAAUGAUUUUUAAUUAUAAUAAUCUAUAGCUACUGGUUAGCUUAGAAUUAAAUAUGUAAAUUAUAAUACCUGUGUAAUAUAUUAACUUGUACUUUUUAACUUUUGAAAUUGAUUAUUUAUAAAUAUUUUUUAUAUAAUUUAAUGAGAGUUAUUUGGGGAUGUGUGUUCAAUAACCAUAGGCGUGCACAGACUUUGACUGCAGGGGGGGCCCUUUAAAGAUUCUUGUACUAAUGAAUACUAGUAUAAUUAAAUAUUUAAUUGUUAAUUUUAUAAAGUAUUUAUUUAAUUCAAUAUGCAAAUAUAAAAAUAAAUACAAAUAAAAUAUAAAAAUAAAUAAUAAUAAUAAUUUUAAACUGAAACUGAAACAGCAUAAUAAUACAU